CGAUCAUUUAAAUAUUUCGAUAUCUAUAUUAUGAUUUUAAUAAUGUUAAAAAGAGGAGUUCAUCGCUAUCAAGGGCAAUUGCUCUAUAAAUCGCCCGGUGCGGUGUCCAUGCGGACCAGCAACCCGACAAAGCGCUAUCACCACCUUCCAGUUUCUUCUCCCAAGGCAAACAUGUACCGCAACCACCAGCACGACGCCACCAGCUCCAGCAUGAUUCCGGCAAAGUGGACGACGGAGGAGAACAAGGCGUUUGAGAAAGCUCUCGUCGACAUGCCAGACGAUACUCCAGACCGUUGGUUUAGGAUCUCAUCCCAGAUCCCCAAUAAGUCGCCGGAAGACGUCCGCCUCCAUUACAUCGCUCUCCUCCACGAUAUCGCCCUCAUAGAUUCCGGCGGAUUUGAUCUCUAUGACGAAGACGAGGAAGAUUCCGGCGGCCGAUCACCGGAGCAGCAUCCGGCGAAGGAUGGGAGGAAGAAAGGGGUUCCUUGGACGGAAGAGGAGCACAGGAGGUUUUUGGAGGGAUUGGAGAGAUUCGGAAGAGGGGAUUGGAGGAAUAUAUCGAGAUGGGCGGUGAGGACGAGGACGCCGACGCAGGUGGCGAGCCACGCGCAGAAGUUUUACUUGAGGCAGACCGUGAAGAAGGAGACCAAGAGGAAGAGUAUUCAUGAUAUCACUACUUGAGACCAACUAGGUCUUGUCAUGUUGUGUGGAGAGAGAUUCAAAAUGUUGUACUAAGUGGUAUAUAUUUUUUAAUAUAUUGUUAUAGAUAUAAUAUUAAAAUAAUAAAUGCAAUUGAUUUUAUGUAAUAAUUUAUCAUUAGAUUUAUAUAGAUAAAAGAGUGGAUGAGGAUGUGAUGUUUUUUUUUUAUGAGUUUGAAU